AUGCUCAAGUGGGCUGUCAACCAGCCGCGUCCUUCUUACCUGGACGCGAAAGUCAAUGCCUCAACCCCAUCCCCUAAUCCCACUCCCACUGCCACGCCCACGCCAUUGAUGCAGCGCGUGAAGCAGCAGCGACAUUCAAUGUUGCCACCUGGUUGCCAGUUGGCAAUGGGAAAGGAGAAUCAAUUGACCUCCACUCCGUUGCCCGCUGCCUCCUCCUCCUCCUGCUCGACUAGGACACGGACGGGCACAGGCAGAGGAACGCCGCUGCUCCGGGAUCUCAGCAACAUUCUGUCGCCACUGCAGAUGACCACGCCCACUUCCCACUCGCAGGUGAAGGCGGCAACGGUUUAUGCCUCCACGCUGCCCACCUUCGAGGCGGAGUAUUCGCCCAGUUACAGCUACAACUGCAGCUACAGCUCCAGGAUCACUGAGAACAACAACAACAACAACAAGAUCAUUCCAGGACCACUGCUCGCUCUGCGCGGCAUGGGAAUCCCCGACAGUUACUUCGAGAAGCCGCGUUACCUGGAACAACAACAACAACAGGAGCAACAGGAACAGGAACUGAAACAGAUUCCCCUCCCCCUCAACCACGCCCCCACUGAGUCCACUUUGAGCUCCAGCCAAAUGGGGGAUGUGACUCUGGAGCGGAUGAUCGAUGCCAUUCUGGAGAGCACGCGAAAGCCACCAGGAGCAGGAGCAGGAGGAGGGGGAAGAAGAGGAGUGGGAGGAGUUGGAGGAGGAGGUCGAAUUAGGAGUCGAGCUAGGAGUCAACGACCCCAGCAGCGUCUCAUCUCGACAGGUGUCACACACUCACCAACUUAUCGUCCUGCCUUUGAUCCUGCCAGCGAUCUCUGCGAGUACUGGCAAUCCACUCCGGCUGCGGCUCCAUCCUCCAAUCCACAGCCCGAUGUCUACGAGGAGCGGGAGGUGCGUUCACCACAGCCUGGAUCAGGAUCGGGAUCGGGAUUGGGAAUAGGGGGGCAGGGGAAACGACGUUCCCUGCAGCUGAGGAGGCAACGCGUCGUGCGACGCAAGCGGAAGAUCACCACGAAGAUCUCGUCGAGCGUGAGGCAAUCGGCACAGAAGCUGCUGGCGGCCGCCUCACGCUCCGCCCACAAGCUGCCACCCCGUUCCAGUUCCCACCCACAAUCCCACUCCAAAUCCCAAUCCCAAUCCCGCUCCAAGCAGCGACACAUCAGCCCCGACAGCGGACACAACUCGACGAGUGAUUUUGAGGAUGAGCUCGACUCAUUUGGGGCAUGCAUCCUGGAGGCAGCCACCAAGCGGCGUCUGAGUUUCUCCUUUCAAGAGGAUCCCUUUGGCCAUUAAUAAAAUGGAACAAUCAUUUCCGGAAAAUGGCUGUCGAAUUUAAUUUAUAAAACAAUUUUUUUUUCGAACCUUGUUAUUUUGUUACUUGUGGAAAUGUGAAAAUUAUAAUUAGAAAUUUUAGAAAUUUUGUUUAAUUAAAUUGGCAAAUUUGUUGCUAAAAGCGUUUGCAGAAUUACAAUUACAUGCCUUUA